AUGGAGUACUCUCCGCAAUAUCAGCAACCGCACGGUCAGCAUCCUCAUGCAGGAUCGCACAUGGCUGGCGCGUAUCAGAAUGCGCAGAAUCCCGGUUCGACCGUUGGUAACUUGACAUCUCCUACAAAUCCACAAGCGCAUAUCCCUCAGAAUCACCAAGCGUCUCCGAUUCUACCUGGCCAAGGCCACUAUCAGCAGUCGCAAAAUGCACCAGGUGCCGUUCACCAACAAAUGAACUUCGCGCAACCAUAUGGUGUCACAACAACGAUGCAGCCUCCCUACGGUAUUUCACCAACGCAAGCUGCCGCGAUGGCCACGGCCGCCGCCUCUGGCCAGUUCUACCCCAUGUCGCAGGAUCAAAUGGCGGGACAAAUGGCACAGGGACCCCGAGGCUCACCACGAAUGGCUGGCGUACAAGUCAAGAAUGAGCGGAAUCCCCGAUCACCGACGCAGGUUUCCGGUCAAAUUCCUCCCAUGCCUCAAGUACAGAUGUCGCAAAAUGCCCCUAUGCAACCAAACCGACGAAUGAGCCAUGUUGGUAGUCCACACCUGACCAACGCGCAACCAGUCCUCAACCAUGUAGGUCGCCCUGGUGUUCCUCCAAACAUGCCUCCACCUCCUCAGCCCCAAGUUCAACAGGCCCAGCCCGCUGGUGAAGCAGUCGCAGGUGGCACACAAGAGGAGUCGCCCCUGUACGUAAACGCCAAGCAGUUCCAUCGAAUCCUUAAACGACGUGUUGCGCGACAGAAACUUGAGGAGCAGUUGCGACUUACUUCGAAAGGCCGCAAGCCAUACUUGCAUGAAUCACGACAUAAUCAUGCUAUGCGACGGCCUCGUGGCCCUGGAGGAAGGUUCUUAACGGCCGAUGAGGUGGCCGCCAUAGAAAAGGGCAAAGGCCUAGAUGGCGAUGAAACGGCCAAACCAGCCGGUGAGAGCACUUCGUCGGCACAGAAACGAAAAUCUGGUGUGGCUGACGAUAAUUCCGCCCAUCCUUCAAAGAGGAAUAAACAAAGCACAAGCGCUGAAGAAGGCGAAGAUGUCGAUUCCGGCGAGCCGUCGGAUGAGGAUGGUUGA